AUGAAAGCCAUGACUGAUUCCCUUGGUUUAGAUGUCGAGUUUUUUACUGCCGUUUCUACCGAUGAUCGUAAAAUGUUGAAUAGAUUUAAUAAUUCCACUUAUCUGAAAGAUACUCAUAAAGCAUGUUAUAUCAGUCAUUAUUUGAUCUACGCAUCAAUUGUUUCUCAUGGUUACGACAGUGCCUUGAUAUUAGAAGAUGAUGUAGAUAUUGAACUCAACAUCACAUCGAUAAUGUCCUAUAUUCAUCGUGUUUUACCUGAUGAUUGGGAUCUUCUAUACUUAGGUCAUUGUAUGAACUGGGAAGGUUCAUUCUUCGAGCCCAUAGAUGAUAGUUCUCCUAUAUUUAAAUUAUAUCCUUCUAAAAAACCAUAUUGUACACAUGCUUACGCAGUUUCAUACGCUGGUGCUCUCAAAUUACUAGGCGAACUUGCCACUUUAGAAGUUCCAGUUGAUCUCGAAUUAAUCUCAAGGAUUGAUGAUGGAAUCGUCACUUCAUACAGUAUUGAGCCUGCUGUUGUCGUUCAAUGGCGUUCUGAUGAUAAUCCGUCUGAUGUUUCUCCGGAUGCAGAAGUGGAACAUAAAACUUUAGUAAAUUCUACAUUAAAUUCGAUUGGGUUCUCUUGGAAAUAA